GGCUGUCGAGGAAAUAGGUUGCUGGGAGAGAACAGAGAGAGGCACAGAGAAAGAAAAGAGAGUCAUGAGGCAACCAGGCCCAGUGGCUUUUCUUUAACUGAGUCCAUGCUUGAAUGGGGUCGAGGCAGACUGGGAGAAGCAUGAAAUGGAUACAUGGGAAGAUGAUCCAGCUGACCAGCGUACUUGUCUUAUCUGUGGAGAUCGCGCUACAGGCCUGCACUAUGGCAUCAUCUCCUGUGAGGGUUGCAAAGGCUUCUUCAAGCGCAGCAUCUGCAACAAGCGUGUGUACCGCUGCAGUCGUGACAAGAACUGUGAAAUGUCGCGCAAGCAGCGCAACCGCUGCCAGUACUGCCGCCUCCUCAAGUGUCUGCAAAUGGGGAUGAACCGCAAAGCAAUUAGGGAGGAUGGUAUGCCAGGAGGGAGGAACAAAAGCAUUGGACCUGUUCAGAUCACAGAGGAGGAGAUAGAGCGAAUCAUGUCGGGGCAGGAGUUCAAGGAGGAUGCUCCGGAGCACACUUGGGGCAACAACGGCGAUAGCGACCAUAGCUCUCCCAGCAACGGAGCCUCGGAGGGCAACCAGCCAUCACCUGCCUCCACUCUGUCAUCCAAUCGCUCUAUGGAAAUGAAUGGCUACACAGCAGCCCUCAGGGACCAGUACAUCAACACCUCCAUGUCCACACACUACCAGCUCCUGCCUCACCUGUUCAGCUACGCUGCCCAGUCUGGCCUGCUUGCUCCCCAGCCUCACAGCCUUUACCCCCAGUCCCAUCCACUGGUGCUGCAGCUGGUGGCUGCUGAAGACCUGGCCCCACUGGCCACACCUAUGCUCAUAGAAGAUGGGUACAAAGUGACGCAGGUGGAGCUAUUUGCCCUGCUUUGUCGUCUGGCAGAUGAGCUGCUCUUCCGCCAAAUCUCUUGGAUCAAGAAGCUGCCAUUCUUCUGCGAGCUCUCCAUAGAGGACUACACCUGUCUGCUCAGCUCCACCUGGCAGGAGCUCAUCCUGCUCUCCUGCCUGACCAUCUACAGCGCGCAGAUCUUCGGAGACCUGGCCAACGUUACCGCCAAGUACACACCGUCUGAUGACGAGCUGCAGGGCUUCAGUGAAGACGGGAUGGAAGUCAUGGAGAGGUUGAUAUAUCUGUUUCGCAAGUUCCACCAAUUGAAGAUCAGUAAUGAGGAGUAUGCCUGUAUGAAAGCCAUCAACUUCCUCAACCAAGAUAUCAGAGGACUUUCCAACACCUCCCAGCUUGAGCAGCUGAACAAGCGCUAUUGGUAUGUGUGUCAGGACUACACUGAAUAUAAGUACCCACACCAGCCUAAACGCUUCCCUGAGAUAAUGAUGUGUCUGCCGGAGAUCCGCUGCAUCGCAGGGAAGCUGGUGAAUGUCCCUCUGGAGCAGCUCCCCCUCUUGUUCAAAGCAGUCUUGCACUCCUGCAAAUCCAGCUUGACCAGCUACAGGACCGGCCCGAUGCCGUGCGUGACCACCUCUGCCGGAAACUAGACCCUCUCCCCUGUCCCCCUGAGUUGAGGGAUUGGUCUCCCCUCUUGUGAAUGUGACAAGCAGCUAGUUUGUUUUUUGUAACUUUUUUCUUUAUAUAUUUAUUACAUGACAGAGCUGAAUGUAUGCUGAUUUACACUGUGCACAUGCUUCUGUACAAAACAAAUGCUCAUAGAUGCAUUGGUCUUUGGAGUUUACAAGUGUGUAUCCAGUUUGCUCAAUGUGUCAGUGUUGCCAUUGUUAGAGCUAGACUUUAAAAGAGUUUAUUUUAUUCAGAUGGGGGCGGAUAGAUACAUGAUGAGUGUUUUGAGACUACCUCAGGAACAUGUUAUGAUGUUAUAUAUUUUCAGGUACCUUUUUUUGCUGUUAAAUGAAGAGUGGCCCAGUCUAAAACGAAAUCCCUGUGGAUGCUCUUGCACCUCAAUCAGAGACUGAAUAUUCAAAGGAGCUACAUGAAUCAAAGAUUGAAAAACAGUGUUUUGUUACACUGCAAAUGCUAAGUUAGUUAGCAAAAUUGAGCUAUUUUGUCUGCACGGACUCUCAGACAUCCUGCUAAUGGGAGGCUGUCUUAUCAAUUUAACAUUCCACGAGUUACGAUGACAUUUGUUGGAUCUGUGGGAUGUUCAUUGAAAAAGGAGCAUACGGGUAUUUUUUUUUACAAUCAUAGACUGGGGAUGUAAGGCUUUAUUGCAGGGG